AUGAAAGAAGAAGGAAGGUCUGAUUUAAGUAGUAAUCCAAAAAACCUUAGAUUCAAUAAAUCUUCCUUGACUUUCAAUAGAUAUAAGCAUUUCAACUUUAAUAAAUCUCUUUUUGAGUUGGGAAAUAUACCAUUAGAUAGAUUGCUGGAGUGUAUUAAUAAGAUUACAGCCAUUCUGGAUAAAUAUGUAAACGACGUAAGCCCCUUCAACACAAAGUUGAGAAAACUAUUUAUUCACGAUUUGGCACAAGAAAGGGACGUAAUAGCGGAAAAUAGACUAAAAAUUGGAAAGGAACUGGUUUUAAAAUUCAAUGUUGACCGUCUCUGCGAAAGCGCAAUUAAAUAUAAAUUAAGCGGAAAUGAGUCAGAUUUGAAUAAGUUUAACAUCUCGGCGAUUCCAACUGAGCUGGAAACUGAUAAAAAUUUCUUAAACACCCUGGAUUCUAAAAGAACUAGAUCCGAAAAGGCUAAGUCAACGAAGCAGAAGCCUAAAUCGGAUGGAAAGAGGAUUAAAUCAGGAAAAAAGGAGGACCAGAUCGUGGAAGCGAGUAAUUUAAACUACUACAUAAAGUAUUUUAACUAUUUGAAGCUGUAUUACCAGUAUUACAUGAAUCAUUUCGUCUCAGUCUACAUCUUCUACAAAUCGUAUAGCAACGGGAGCAGAAACGAUGCAAAGAGGUCCUGGGUGCAUAUUAGGGACGGGGAAAGGACUGUGUACAUUUUGGGGAAGCUGUUUGUAUAUUUUAGGAAGUUGGCCAUCUUACACCUAAAGUGUUUAAUCAACCUGCUACCCCUUUCGUUUGUGUACAACCCGGACAACUUUAUCAAUUACAACGGCCUGGUAGACUACAACGACGUCAUUUACUGUGAAAUGAACAGUUUGGGCGACCUCGACAGCGGAUUGAGGCUGGAGUUAAAGCGGAACCUGUUCGAUUGCAUAGAAAUAAACAGAAAGUUUGAUCUCGAGGAGUUCAACAACUUCUUAAACGUCAACAACUUGAACGAUUUGACCUUGGAGUCUGGUAAACAGUUUUCGACCACUAUUGAAACCGGUGCCGCUGGAGACCAUGACUCUAGAGUUGAUGCCUUCAGCCAUAACGCCCCUUUUCAGAAUGGCUUUGAUCCUCGGAUUUAUACCGACAGUAUUACUAAUUUUGCUGCGGCCAUCCACUCUGGUCCUCUUUAUCCAAUUAAUCCGAGUUUAAUCCCCAGUCUUGCGAAAAAGAGUCUUAAUCUGUUAUUUGAUGUUAAUUCAAAUUUGAACGGUAGUUUUCCUGGCAACGAAAAAAGUUUACUUGACAUGCUUCCGUCUUUUCUAAGUGAGGGCAACGAAAGAAACAUUGUGCUUGCUAACAGUUCAACUGAUAGAGCAGACACCAAAACGUGUAAUAGGCCACCCACUGCAUCCGGUGCCACCAAUAGUAAGGAUCGUUAUACACAUACCAGUAGUGAUUCUGGUAAAGAUAAUUGGACUAACAAUAAUAAUCACAGCAUUGGGAGACGGAGUGACGGUGAGCAUAAUGACGGCAAGUAUGACUAUAAGCAGGACGGCAGGUACGACGCCAACCAUGAUCCUGAAUACCGUGAUCAACAUGAUAAUGGAUACCAUGAUAGACGAUACGUUAAGCGUGAAGAUGGUAGAAAUGAAACCACUCAUGGCGGUAUAUACAAUGAGAGUAAAUAUGAUUCUAAUUACGGCAAAGGCAAAUACGACAUCAGAAAUUACACAGUUAAGAACGAUGGAAGGAACUUCGAGGAUAAACAUGACGUCAAACACGAUAGAAGAUAUAGCUAUGGCAGCUACGAAGACAGCAGGCACAAUGACCACAUUCACGCUGACGGCAGGCACAAUGACCACAUUCACGCUGACGGCAGGCACAAUGACCACAUUCACGCUGACGGCAGGCACGAUGAAAGUAGGUAUAGUGGUGACGCUAGCAGACGUGGUGAUGACAGUAGCAGGUCUGGAAGCAGUAGCAGUAGAUACAGCGACACAAACAGGCACAGUGAUAAGAGACGGCACAGCGAUGGUAGCAAGUAUGGCAGUAGCAUCAGGCGCAGCAGCGGCAACGGUAGGUACGGCGGAGACAGGAGGUACGAUUCACGACAUGAAGGCAGGUACGGCCACUACAGAUACCGCGACGGAAGACACGGUGGCCGAAGAAGCAUUAGUCACAGCACGCACAGCAGCAGCAGCAGCAGUGGCAGUUAUCACCGCAGCUACAGGAAUCGGAGGCCGGAAAGACACACUCACCCUGUUUUGACGAGGAGCAGCAGUGCUGGGAGCAGCAGUAGCUCGCACAGCAUGGGCAGAGGGCUCACCUCGCACGUGCCUCAGCAAAACCCGCCGAUAAAGCUGGAACUGGGACAUCAGAACGGCCCUUGCAAUCCUCCUCAGUCAACCACAAGCACGGAGGGCCCACUCCCAAGCAGCCGCGGUGUGGACGCCAGGAGCCUGAAGAUGGACAGCGCCGAGAAGGAAAGGCUCGGCAAGGAGCUGAAGAGUGGAAAGAAGUUGAAGAGCAGCACCAAGUUCAGCACCAUGAACAUAAAGGAAAUAUUCAACAGCCUCGCCUCCAAGGCCAGGCCCGCCGACGCCACAACCUCUGCCCAUGACAGCCACCUAGGCUACAAGUCAAGAGGUCACAGCGCCAGCACUGGGCUCAGGGACUGCUGCGAUUCCAUCGGUUCUGACAGUGGCAGCCCCAGCAGCAUGGUCACCGACGUUACCACCAGUAGCAAUGACACUGUCGACAUGGCCGUUGAUGAUAUGGACGAUAGUGCUGGUGGCAGUAUGGCCGUCGAUGCUGAUGCUUAUGCCACCAGUACCAGUAUUGUCACUGCCUCGGAUCCUGAUGCUAAUAAAGGUGUUGACAGCAGUGCUGGGAAGCACAUGGGCGAAGGUACCGGCGAUAAUCCUGGUGAAAUCACUGCUGGCAAGACCGACGACACUCCCCUCACGUCAAUGCAAUCAUAUAUUGAAAAUAUUAAAUAG